AUGGAUACUGCAGUAAAUCGUGAUCUUUUUCUUGAAAAGUUAAAUGCUUUAAACGAGCAGACAAUUGUUUUUAUUUUUCUCCAGAAAAUAUUUUCUGAAGUGGUUUCUGCUAAAAUUGAAUGCAACACACCUUUGGAUUACAGACGAUUAAAACGUUUUGAUGUUUUAAAAAUUAAUGAUAAAGAGAAGUUAAUUGCACCAUUAAAACCAGGGGAAACGAACAUACAGUAUUAUGUUACCAAUGAAGAAUUGUACAGUAUACUACAUGAAACUCACACCAGAAUAGGCCACGGAGGAAGAAUACGUAUGCUUAAAGAGUUGCAAGCUAAAUACAAAAAUAUCACAUAUGAAGUUGUAAUGUUGUAUUUAAAUUUAUGCAAACAGUGUCAAAUGAAAUACAGUGCACCUAAGAAAGGUAUUGUUGUGAAGCCGAUGGUUAGUUCUGAAUUAAACUCAAGAUGUCAAGUUGAUCUGAUAGAUCUGCAGUCAAACAGAGAUGGCGAAUAUAAGUUCAUAAUGGUGUAUCAACAUCAUUUAACUAAGUUUGUCCGGCAACGACCUUUGAAAACUAAAAGAGCUGAAGAAGUUGUGCAUAAUGUUCUUUCAAUAUUUUUAACAUUUGGUGCACCAGCAAUAUUGCAAUCAGAUAAUGGUAGAGAAUUUAGUAAUCAAGUCAUAUCCCAAAUAUGCGCUAUGUGUAAAGAUGUUGAAAUAGUUCAUGGAAAGCCUCGUCACAGUCAAACACAAGGCUCAGUGGAAAGGGCCAAUCAGAAUAUACAGAAUAUGCUAACUGCAUGGAUGAACGAUAACGAUAGAAAUAAAUAUAUGUAA